AUGAAUGUCAUUGAUGCAAAUAUUCUACAUCGAUUGCGAUCAUGGGAUGAUGCUGAACUUGAAAAAGGCAUUCUUCAAGUUACUAAAACUGCUGGUUUUCCUCCAGCAACAACUGCUCAAGUGGCAACAACUGCUCGACCAGCAACAACAAGUUCUCGUCCAUCAAGUGGUUCAACUACUUGGUCAUCUAAUGGUGUUCAAUAUAAAACUGGUGAUAUAGUAUUAUAUGAAGGCGCGAAGUUUCAAUGUAUUCAUGAUCAUACAUCGUUUCCAGGAGCUGAACCGGGCAUUUUGACUUGGGCUUGGUGGAAACCUAUAAAUUAA